UCGCUCUACACACACUGACUCCAUUUUGUGUGAAAGGGAUUGUUCGCACACGCACUCAUUCAAAGGAGAAACAUUAGACAGAGAAAAUGAGUGGUUGUCGUAUUUUCAUCGGUCGAUUAAACCCCUCUGCUCGGGAGAAGGACGUCGAGCGGUUCUUCAAGGGUUAUGGAAGAAUCAGAGAUAUUGACCUGAAAAGAGGCUUCGGAUUUGUGGAAUUUGAUGAUCCAAGAGAUGCAGAAGAUGCUGUUUAUGAGCUUGAUGGGAAGGAGCUCUGCAAUGAGAGAGUGACUAUUGAACAUGCUCGUGUCCGCCUGCGUGGGGGCCGAGGUGGUCGUGGUGGCGGUGGUGGAGGUAGUGGUGGCGGUGGAGGACGUUUCCCUGGUCGGUAUAGCCGUGGUUCCCAGGACAGCCGGAGGAACCCUCCACCGAUGCGCACGGAGAAUCGUCUCAUUGUGGAGAAUUUGUCGUCAAGAGUCAGCUGGCAGGAUUUAAAGGAUUUCAUGAGACAAGCUGGAGAGGUUACUUUUGCAGAUGCCCAUCGGCCAAAGCUUAAUGAAGGUGUGGUUGAGUUUGCCAGCCAUAAUGAUCUAAAAAAUGCCAUGGAGAAGUUGUCUGGGAAAGAGAUCAAUGGAAGGAAAAUCAAACUUGUUGAGGCGUCCAGGAAAAAAUCCAGAACUCGGUCUCGCUCAAAUAGCUCAUCUCGAUCUCGUUCUCGUUCACGAGGGCGUUCCGCAUCACGUUCUCGUAGCCGCUCCCGUUCCCACAGCCCCAAAUCACAUAACCACUCAAGAAGUCGGUCCCGUUCAGCCAGUCCCUCUCCUGUGCGGCCCAAGGAAGCAGCGCGUGCUGAAUCCGCAUCCCCGCCGACCCCAGCGCAGCGCCCCCCGCCGUCUCGUUCCCCGUCCGCUGACAGCCGUCAUUAGAUGCUGCUGCUGCACUGCGUGCUGAGGGAAGCGGCUGAUGAAGUUUAGCGCAGCAAUAUUGUCCCACCUUUGGUCAAUUUAGGCCUCUCCAUGCCAGUGUUUUCACAGCUCUGUU